GGAGAGGUCGAUUCAACAACGGCCAGCAUUACCAGCAGGCUGGUCCGGCAGCACCUCACGGCCAGCAGCAGCCUCAGGUUGGUCAGCCACCUAUCCAGCUCGGCCAGCAUCCACCUCAGUUCGGUCAGCAGCCGGCUUUUGCUCCAGGGGGUGCGGUCCCUCCACGAUCGGGCACUUCAGGUACUGCUAGUAAUUCUGUUGUAACAACUUUAAAUAUUAAUCCCUUCUAUACGUUUGGUACUAACUCUGGAAAUGCAGGCUUUCCAUCUGCUGAGGGAGUUCUUGGGUCUGUUCCCUCUCCCACUGUCUGUCAGAUUUGUUUUUCUGUAGGUCAUUCCGCUAUGCAUUGUCCCUCUCGAUUUUCUUCUUCAUCCACACCGGCCUUACUGACUCCUAGUGGCGAUGCUAAUCAUGUUUUAUGGUACCCUGAUUCUGGGGCUUCAGCUCAUGUGACCCCGAAUGAAGGACAAAGUUUCGGGGGCGGUCCUUCUUCAAGCAACUAGCGACGGUCAUCUAUAUCCUCUUACCUUGGCCCAGUCACCUAUUCUAGCUUUAUCGUCAGUCACUACAUCUGGUCUGGUCUGGCAUCGUAGAUUAGGACAUUGUGGCGAACAUGUUUUACGCCUUCUUAGUAAACACAAACAUAUUUGUAGUAGUUCAACUUUUUCCCAUGAUUGUAUUUCUUGCCGGUUAGGCAAAUCACAACGAUUACCAUUUAUGGAUGCUAG